AUGAGUGGAAGAGGCAAAACCGGCGGUAAGGCGAGAGCGAAGGCGAAGACUCGCUCCUCCAGAGCAGGGCUGCAGUUCCCCGUCGGCCGUGUUCACAGACUUCUCCGCAAAGGAAACUACGCCGAGCGCGUCGGUGCCGGAGCUCCCGUCUAUCUGGCGGCUGUGCUCGAGUAUCUGACCGCUGAGAUCCUGGAGUUGGCUGGAAACGCCGCGAGAGACAACAAGAAGACCCGCAUCAUUCCCCGUCACCUGCAGCUGGCGGUGCGCAAUGACGAGGAGCUCAACAAACUCCUGGGUCGAGUGACCAUCGCUCAGGGCGGCGUGCUGCCCAACAUCCAGGCCGUGCUGCUGCCCAAGAAGACCGAGAAACCCGCCAAAGCCAAGUAAACCGAGUCCGCUCUGUUUCUGAAACAAAGGCUCUUUUAAGAGCCAAC